ACCGAUGGCGAUUUUGAGUAUGGCCAAGCUGAAGCGUAUGAAAACGAACCACUUGCAGAUGAAGAGUGGUUAGAAAAGUAUAUUAGAGAAACAGAAGAAGAAAGACGCCAAACAGAAGAGCUCAAACGCAGAAUGCAAAAUGAAGUUCCUCUUGAUUCUUGGUGCCAUUGUGGUAACUGCCGUGUUCCUCUCUUGGUUAAUCCAAAAGAAUGUAGAUGCUGCCACGAAAUUGCCAAUUGCAUGAUUGGAAUGCAAGAUCAUAUGGUGGUAUCCGAAUUAGGAAGGCAGCCAAAAUGCAUAACAGAGCAUCCAGGAUUUGAUGCCAUUUGCCUCAAUCGCUGGGCAUUAAAUUUAGCUGCCAAUCUUUACCAAAGACAAGAUGGAGUUAGAUAUCAUAAAGGAUUCUUGGAGCAAAGGUUUCAUCGAGUUGUUGCAUCGAGACAAAAGAAUUUCAAUUCCAGAUUGUGCUUACCAUGUUAUUAA